AUCCUCAAGUGUUGAUGUACCCCGCAACAAUUUCGAAAGAGGGCUGAAAGCUUUAUCCAUCCAUGGUGAGAAAAAAAAUGAAGGAGAGGAGAGAUGUAGUGAGGUCGUUUUUGGUUGGGGAAGUUAGUGUGAUUGUGGGUACGGGAGUGUUGGGCAGAGGAGUUGAUCUCUUGUAUGUGAGGCAGGUUAUUGUGUUUGACGUGCCGAAUUCGAUAAAAGAGUAUGUGCAUAUGAUUGGUAGGGCCUCGAGAAUGGGAGAAGAUGGUGCGGCGAUUGUGUUUGUGAACGAGGACGAUAAGAAAAUAUUUCCAGAGUUGGUUGAUAUUCUAGAAUCUUCUGGUGCUGUGAUUCCUCGCGAGCUUGCCAAUUCACGGCAUGCAGUGAGUUCUUUCUCAGUAGUCAGGGCUCAGAAGAAAAGGAAGCAUGGCUAUUGAAGAUACCGUAUCAUUUUUAUUUUUUCCGCUUAUGUAGUUUGUCUGAGAAUGU